CUCGUUCCCUAUCCCUUUUACACAAUGUUUAACAUAGAAAGGAUCAAGGCUGCGCAGCUAUCAGGUAUAACAUAGAGAAGUACAAACCUAUACGCAACUCACGGAAACAAAUUAAUGUGCGGGAACAAAGUUAACACAGCGUCCAAGCCUACACAAAUAACAGGCACCGGACAGCGUAGUACGGAGAACGAAUAUCAGUCAGCCAUUUUCUGCACGAUCAGCUGAUGCAAGAUUCAGGUUGCGCGCAUAAGUCGGGCUCAAGUCUAACGGAGGUUGAAGGUCAGAAAAUGAAGUUCCUCAAGUGGAAAAUCAAUGACGAAAGCAAGGGAAAACCAAGCAAACUCGCUAAACAAGACACAUGUAAACUUCAAGACACGAUAAGAAAUGAGGGUGAAGCAGGUGCACAUGGCGACGAUACAGCUGCCAAAGAUGGACCCAUGGAGAAUAUAGACAGCGACGAGUAUGGAGAUGAGACAAUUGAAAGGCUUUCAGAACAUUUUAGGACACUGGAUAAUGCUGGAUUUAAAACAAGCAUGUGCCAGGCUGAAUGGCCUCAUUAAAAAAAAUCCAUGCUGGAACUCCAUGAAAAGGGCCAGGACAUAGUUGCCUUUUUAAGUAGAAUGCUGACUGUGCUUAAAGACAUUUACCCUAAUAUUUGUGCUCUCUUGGCCAUUGUGAUGGUCCUUUCAGUCAGCACUACAGAUGCAGCAUAUGUAUUUGAUACUAAGAUUUCAGUCACAUUAAUGUUAACAAAUAUACCUAGAUGUUAUAAAAAACACUAUAUAUGGAUGCCAUGUUAGUUUAUUUCAUAUCAAUA